AAAGACGUACAGCAACCUCUGCAAGCCAAGUAAUGUUGGAAUUAUUGGGUUGGUACAACGACUUUUAGAGUGCUUCGUGAAUGGAAUGCUUAACUUUGACCCGCCAACGCAAGUAUACAUCUUGGUACAAUUUCUCAAGGAAGUCUUGCAGGAAACAGAUCCUCUUCCCGAGAUUCUCCGGAGUGUUUGCGACACCCUAGCUUCAGUUAUUGACGUCAUCGGCAUCGACCUUGACUGCAAUUUGCUACAGCUAGACACUCAAGCUCUGUGCGAGAAGAAGAUCAAGUUACAAGUGCCCGCUACUCUCAACCUGACUGAGUGCCUGGGAGCAGUGCCAUUUACUUGCAUCAAAGGCAAAGUUUUGACGGAACCGCUGUUGAAGGGAGUGACCGUGUUCUUCGCAUGCCUGACGCGUACUGUUGUGAAUCUGGGUUUGGAUGGGUCGCUCGAAGAGUUGGUCUGCUACAUUGGAAGAAUCCCUUCGAUAGUGUUUGGGAACCAGGGCGUGGCGGAUACCCUUGAGUCCAUUGUUCAAAAAAGCUUCGGCCUUCAAUGCACUGCAUAGCACGUGAGCAAAUAAAGUAUUGUUCAAAUGGAC